AUGGUGGACGUGACGGAACUCUGCGAAGAUGGCUACAGAUUGGCAAUACAGGCUGUAGAUUUAGACAAAAUGGGCAGUGGAGGUGCAGCUGCUUUUUUCUACAUUGAAGCUGCCGAAGCUCUCAUCAAAGCAUUGUCAUAUGAUCCCAGUUUAGAGGUGAGAGAUAAAGCUUCGCAGUAUGUCAGGCGAGCCGAGGAGCUCCGAGCGCUGGAAGAAGGUAAACUUCACAUAACUUAGCUUCGAUCUUAUGUCGUUGGAAUAUUUAUAUACGUCUUCAUUGUGGGUGGGACGUUGCUGGUAGAUAUAAUGAAAUUAGGUCAAAAUGUCAAUUUAUCUGUAUUCUUGAAGAACAAAAUUAUUUGUUGUUACUUUUUUAAAUACUCUAAAUGUACUUCCGGGAUUUCCUAGGAACUUUUUAGCCAAAAUUGUCAAAAGCAUAUCAAGAAAGUAUUAUAGUGAUUACGAUAUUUCUAUAUUCCGGUUAAUACCGUAUACGCUCUAAAUUAGAGAAUCGUAGAGACAUUUUAAAUAUGGUUGAAUGAAGAUCAGCUUUACGAACCAUCAAUUUUACAACAAUCUACAACUUAUUAGUUAUCAUACAUGUACAACGCACAUGUAGUUCACGAGAUUAGUUAGUUUGUAACAGAUAUCAGACAGAAUAUCAAAAACUAUAUGUAGUGAAUGUUUUAUUAAAUUUAGUCUUUUUCAACUAUGUUUCCUCAGGUUCAUCUCACGCACCUACUUCUUUCAAGACUUCACAACAGGCAAUGAAAUAAUUUUUGAUCAACUGAUUUAUCAUUUCAUUGUUCAAGUAGCCUUUCCAUGUCUUCUAAUAACCUUAAGGAAGAUGAGAGGUAUUUGAAAUAAUAUUCAUUCAUUAUGUGUGUAGAAUGGUGUGGAGAGAGCAGAAUUUCUGCUGAAGCAAGCACUACAUGAAGAUGAAAGAGGCAGACAAAUUGAUGCUUUACCUCUCUACACUGAUGCAGCCGAUCUUUGCAUCAAAACUGUGAGUUGGUAUUCUGUUAAGACUGAAUUAGCUUUUUAUUGCUAGCACUUACUGUUUUCACUGUUGCCACAAGUAUUAUAAUUUCUAUUAGCUUAUUUACAAUGUAAUUAAGCUAAUUGGUGAUGACCUUUUUUUCUGAAGACAUUAAGCUUUUUUCCAUAGCCUUUUUGGCAGGGGUGCUUUGCAAAAUCUUUGCUUUACUUAAUAAGCUUUUCUGUCUUGCAGUGAUUCCUGUAACUUCUGUCUUCCUGUCCGAUAUAUACAAAUGAAUACCCAUUGUUCUUCAAUCAUGGCCUGGAUCUUUUGAACUUUCACUAUGUGUUAAAUACUGAUUUCGUUCUUCAUGUAUCUUCUGUUCUUUUUACGCCACUCAUGUAACAAACAGACAGGGCUUCCUUCUUCUUCUUCAUCCUGUUGAGUGAUGAGGAGAUAUAUACAUGUAUCUCUGUCAUAUGAAAAAAAAAUUGGUUACAGACCUAAGGUUGUUCAAAUGAAGGUUCAGAUCAACUGUCAGUUGAUUAUCUGACAUUAUCUGAUCAUUUAACCCUUAAACUCCAGCGAGUGACCAAGACAGAAUUUCUCCUUUCUACAUCUAUACAAUAUCAUGCAGACAAGUGAUGAGAAUAAAGAAAAAUAUCAAUUAUGGGAGUGAUAAUUGAUCCAAUACCAAAUUCUCCAAACUAACAUAAUGAGAAUCAUUUGACAGACAUUAAGGAGAAUUACUAAUGAGAUCUUGGGAGUUAAAGGGUUAAGCACAAUGCCCAUCAUGUAGUACAUCCUUUAAAUUCUUGUUUUAUGUACAAUAUAAUUUGCAUUAUGUAUUAUUGCCUUUUCAUUUGUAGAGCAGCAGUCUACCAGAUAGUGAUAAUUUAAAGAAAAAACUCCAUGGUCUUGCCAAGCAAGCAAUAGAGAGGUAAAUGGUUUCAGAUUUGGCAAAUUACAAGCAAGAUAAAGAUAUUGAUAUCUAGUGACUAGCAUCUAAUUUCUCCUUACAAUAUCACCACUGAAUCAUGCAUUAAUGUCAUGAGAACAAAGGAAAUGAUCAACAACUAAAGAAAAUUCUUGAUUGUUAAACAAAUUCUCUUUUUCAGCACCUUGUAAAUGUAAAGAGAUCAGUAUGGAGAAUAUGAAUGCUGAUGUUAGGGUGUGAAGGGUUAAUUUUCAUUGAACUUUAAAAUCUCUCCUACAUUACAUGUAUAUAUUGUACUUGCACAUAAAAUAGUUUUUGAUAUUUUUAUGUGGUAAUGGCCAACCAAUGUACAACCCUCAUUCUUUAGUCUUUCAAUCCGGAUGGUGAAGUUUGACAAGGGAUGAAUUGUGCAGAUUCUCCAGAAUACGUUGGGUAUAUAAAGUAUACUAAAGAAAUUGCACAGACUUUUAAUCCUCUAUUCUCAGAGCUGAGGCAAUUAAGGCAACAUUAAGUACUAAGCCAGGAGGCACUGGGUCAGAUUCAACAACAAUCACUAGGGGUGUGAAGGACCUUUCCUUAAUGUCGUCUGGAGAAUCAACCCCUGGGACAAGCACUGGGGACAAGAGACCUCAUCUCACAGUCAAGGAAUUGGAAGUUUUAAAGUAAGACAUCUUUGUUGCAUCUUUAUUUUUCACCCUUUUUUAUUGCUAUUUUGAGUGAAGAUGAGAUGCAACAAUAUUACCUGCAUUUGUAUAUGUUGUGGUGCAACAUUUUCAUGGUUUGAUGUCUUUCGUAUGAGUUUCCUUUUUCUUUUUCUAACCUUACAGAACAUAAAAAAAAUAGAAAAUCAAAAUAAACUGGCUUGCAAUGUUCAAAAAGAGGAAUUUUGUUACAGAAUUUUUAACUGGACAGAUACAUUUGUCUAUAACUUUUACUAUGAAAAUUCAAGGAGUUUGUUUCCUUGGUUCAAGCUUAAUGCAUGAAUAAAAUGUUCUUCUGAAAUUGAGAAGCAUUGAGAGAUAUUACAUGUAACUAGAGUUUAUUUCUACAAUCUACCUGAAGUUAAAAAUGUUCAAAUGAUCUUACUUGAGGAUUUAAUAUUUGAAUAUAAUAUUUAUAUUAAGAACUUUAUGCCUUUAAUUUUUCUUUUACCAAUAUAUACUGUAUGCAUUCAUUUGGAGUACAGGUAUGCCCGUAUCGCAAACUGGAAAACUUUGACUGUCAGCAUCAUACACAGUGUAGCAAUGUAAAUUUUGAGUGAGAAUGUGUUUAUACUUUUCUCAGGAGAACUUCUUAUAUAAAUGGUAAGCUGUACCCUCCCUGGCUGGAUAUUGACCUGAAAGAAAGAUUUGCUUAUCCUGACUGUUAUAGGUAAUGUGUACACAUUGUCAAUUUUGAUACAGUAAAUAAUAUGACAAGAGGUUUUUAGUUGUAUACUAUUAGCUAUGGAAGAUGUGGUAACCUAAUGUUUAGACCUUUAAUCCAAAUUAAAACAUUGUCUCUUGUCUUGGAGAUCACAGUGAUGGCCUAACAGUUGAUCUACUGGUGCCAGUUGUUCAAAGGCUGAUUAGUGCUGACCGAGGUUAAAUUUGAAUCCAGGUUUUACUACUGUUCAAAAGCCUCUAUUGAGACAAACUUUCCUUUCCUUUUUAAAGCAUGCCAUUAUCAGAUUGAAGACAGAAAGAAUUACACUGGAUUUUCUUCAAAAACUUUCAAAUUUGAAAUCAGGUCUAACACAAACCCUUGGUUAGUCCAGGCCCAGCUUUGAACAACCUGGCCCUGGACUCUGGGUUUACAACUAGACUGGGUCAUUGUCUUGCAUUCUUGGGCAAGGUGCUUAACUCUCAUGCUGGUGGGAGGGGCUGUGAUCUCAUCCAUGCGGGGAGAAGUAAGACACUGAUUAGCUCCAGCUGGAUGGGCUACUUGCCUAGAGUGGAGACAUUUCUCAAUUGAGAGGUGCAAGUGUAAGCUUUGGCUUUGGUUAUGUGUUCAUCUUGAGCAAGACGCUUUGCUCUUAGAAGUAGUCUCUUUUCUCAGAAGUAUGAACAGGUACUGGCAAACCGUUAGAGAAAGUUGGCAAAUUUCAGGGCUGGAGGAGACUUAUAAUGGCUAAGCAUGCUGUCAGGGAGGGGGUGGGGGGGUAAAAGUGUUCCUUGUCCUUUUGUACUUCAGAGAUUCAAGAAAGCUCCAGCAGUAGGAGCCUUCAACAUUUCUUCCACCAAUGGUCAUUUUACCGUUGUCCAUGCAGGGGGGGGGGGGGUUUAAACCUUGCCUCUCUAGGGGGAGAAAUUUGAAUAAGAAGUGCUAAGUCUUUCUAGCAGAAUGUAGGUGUGUUAUUUCUUAAUAUGGAGGUAUUUAAAGAUAAAAGGUUCACUUUUGUGAGUGAAUAGCUCAGAAGAAAAGGUAUAAAUAAGGUGUAGGUUUUAAAGCUCGGAGUAGAAAGUUAUGGUUGCUAAUUUUGAUGUUGGCCCUAGGGGUGGGAAUUUGAACAAACAAUCUUUUAAAGUUCAAGUGUGGGAUGGGAAGGGGGGUUGCCCAUGGGUGGUGUUGAAGCUUUGAAUCAAUGAACACAUAUCUACUCACAUUCUCACAUUUUAAUAAUGUAUCUUAACAUUUGUUACUGUAGUGAUAAAGAUGGUCAGCUUGCCCUGUCACAGAAACAGAAAGCUCGCUUUACUAAAUGGUUAAGGUAUGUCCAAUAUAUCAACAUUACAUAUCACUUAAAUUCAUAUCUUCUGAAUAGAUACUUGUCCGAAGUAGAGCUAAAUUUCCAAACAUGAAAUCAGCAUUAACAUGCUUAACAUUUCCCAUAUCACUUCGUUAUCGUGACUGUAACUUUAAAUUCUUUGUCAGGCCAACAGAGUUGUGUGAAAACCCAGAAAUGAUUUAUGCUAUAUCAAGCUUCAGUAUCAAACAGGUAAAUUAUUAUGAAUACUGAGAAAAAAAAACGCUGUAAAAUCAUCUGAAACGCAAAUCUUAAUCUUAGAUUUUAAAAGGUCAUACAUUCCCAACAAUUUAACGCCAAAUUACGUCAAACAACAGUUCAAGCUCGAAUAUUUUCAAAGUCGCCAUUUGACCACCUAAAAUCAUGAAGUGGUCGCCAGAAAUAAAACUUAAGACUGAUUACACACAGAAAUGGACGACACAUAGUCUUCCCACCAAUGAAUGGAAACUAUGACGAAUUAAAGAAAACAAACAAAAAAAAUAAAACAAAACAUUUGUCCAACGUUUGAACAUGGUCUUUACUAAAUUGAAAAAAAAAAAAAAAAUAUUUAUCUUCCACCACAAAAAUUAUUGAACGCAAUAAUCUAUACCACAGCGAGAGGAAAUGAUGCUUACUGUCCGCUUGGAGAGCAUGGAUGCCGUGGUAGUGAGAGUGUUCGCCUCCCACCACUGUGGCCCGGGGUGGAUUCCCGGACCUGACGUCACAUGGGGGGUCCUCCGGGUUUGCUCCUUCCGCAUCAAUAAACAUUCUAAAUUUCAUUUUUACGUGGAAACAGUGGACAAGAAGAGCCACCUCGUGUAAUGUCCACCACUAAAAAAUUCCCAUUCUCAUUCUCAAUCCCAGAAUUCCCAUUACGCCGCUGGUGACUAACGCUAAUCGAGAAUUUUGUUAUGUUUUUGAUUAACCCUCAAAGUCUCAAUAAUUAUUCAAACGUAUUGUAAGCAAAAAGUUCUUUCCUUCUCUUUUCUCAGACCAUUGUGUCAGAUUGCUCUUUUCUGGCCUCGCUGGCGAUCAGUGCUGCUUACGAGAGAAACUUUAAAAAGACUCUUAUUACAAGGUAGUACUGUAAUUUUAGAGUAUCAUAGUCUGUAAUACAGGUUACUUUUUAGCCCUUUAUCUCAUUUUUAGCCCUUUAUCCUUACAAUAUCAAUACAACAUUAAGCAGACAAAAGAUGAGAAUGAAGACAAAUAUUACUUGGGGUAUUAUCAGUUGAUCCAAUACCAAAUUCUCCGAACUAACAUCAUAAAAAUUUUCUGGCAGACAGUAAGGAGAUUUUCCAGUAAGUUCUUGGGAAUGAAAAGAUUACGGAAGGCGAGAUAGCGUUACAAACUUGUUAUAUAUGGUUUAGGUUCAUAGAACAGACCAUAGUGGACGGAGAGAAGAUGAGACGAGAUAAUUCCAUUUUUUUUUAGAUAAAAUUCAAUUCUCUCUCAAGCUUUUCUUUCUUGCUCGCCAUAAGUAUUGCUCCAUAACAUAAAAUCGUAAAGACAAAGCAGUCUUAAGUGCGUCUUCCAUUUUGUUUUUGGCACGUUUGGGCGAUAUAUGAUUUAAAUCAGUAAGGCGGCCUCAAUGAAUCACUACUUAGUGAAUUGAAAUUAAUGAUACGCCCAUUUUUAAAAUAGUGCAGCCCGAUGAGAAGGCUCAAGAAAGAACUUAACUCGAUUGACUGGAGAGCCGGCGCUUAUGCUACGAAAUUUCUUACUAGAACCGUGUGCUAGUGAUUUUUAGUCUCCUUGCGGGUCUCAGACUGGUUUUUUUUCAUUUUGAGUUCACUUUACAAACCACGGGACAAGGGCAUAUCUCUUAUGCUUAUAUACAGCAAUUUUAUGAAGAGCAACCGAGGUAUUCUUAUUUUCUCUCUGUCCAAAAUUCUCGCGCCUCCCUCUCAACCAAUCAGAUACGAAAGUAAAUCACAUAACCAGGUGAAGACUCUCGUUUCCCGCGCUUGAAGCAUGUCUAGUGUACUUUACUACGUUCUCCUUGGCUCCCUGUGUGAUCUACCUUCGUUUUGAUUGGCUGUUAUGAUAGCUUUUGUUUUACUUUCACGAUGUUCAAUCGAAAAGCAUUUGAGUGGAAACAUUAUUUAAUAUACUGAGGUUACAAUUACAAGGAAAAUUAUGAUAGAAUUUUUGCAGGUGUCUUGCGUUUUCUCACGUUAAUUGAACUGGGUGUCUGUAUUCUUGUUCCAAAUAGUAUCAUUUACCCACAAAAUCGCGCGGGAAAACCAGUUAUUAAUCCAUCUGGAAAAUACAUGAUUAAGCUGCGAAUCAAUGGAGUUUCAAGAAAGGUAAACUUACGGUGUAUGUAUUUAGCCAUCUUUGACAAUCCACGCAUUAUUUUUUCAUUUUUAAUUACUUGCAAAAAUUCAGUGUUCUGUUCACUGUUUGAAGGCCAUUGGCUUUCGUUAACGUAUUGUUGCAGAUCAUGGUAUAAGAUUUGUACCUUAAAAAAAGUUGUUACUUUUCUCGUCUCUACCGUGAGAAAAAUAGAAAAGUCUGAUUGCCACACUAGGAAUCGAACCCCACACUGUCCUUUUCCCCGGUCUGAUGCUAUACCAUUGAAAGUUGUUCGCAAGGUUCAUAGGUGACAACAUUCCUACAUACCACUGGAUGAGUAUAGACGAAAGCAAUGUGUUCAUAGAUAGAAUAUAACAGAUGAUGAAUUUUAAAUUCUGAGGUCUCUUUAGCUCAAUAGUAGAGUAUGGAACCCUAAAAUCCAACGGUGUGUGGUUGGUUUUCCGUGGGUAUGACAUAUUUUUCCGUUUUACGCUCGUGACAAAACAAAUAACGCCCUUCCUCAUUCAAUGACUAAGUUCGUAAACUUUUCAUCUUUAAUUUUUAAGUUUUAAUUUCUUAACUUCUUUUCCCAGGUGAUUAUUGAUGAUACCCUUCCUGUUGGAAGAGAUGGAGAACUGCUCUGCUCCUACUCCAACAAUCGCAAUGAAAUGUGGGUCAGUCUUAUUGAAAAGGCUUAUUUAAAGGUAGGUCACUUCCCGUUCAAAAGUUAACUUCUACUGUGUAGUUGACGUUUUCUUUGUUUACUUCACAUUUUCUUAUCUCUACGGGAAAAUCUCAGCUUCCCACCCAUCCUGUGGUAACACAUCUUUUAUUGGACUUUUGAUAACCGGACUCGCACAUGUAUGUCCUCAUGGAGGGGGUAAGGGGGGAGACUUUGCCUGUUGAAGAUGAUUUGCAUGAUCCGUGAGUUUGAUGAUUUGUUUGUAUUUAAUGUUUUGUUUUGGACAGGUGAUGGGAGGAUACGAUUUCCCCGGGUCCAACUCCGUAAGUAAAUUCGCAGUAAUAUACAAAGUGCUCAGUGGUCAAUACGCUGGACUCCAAGUCGAGAGGUCCUGGCUCGAUUCUCGACCGGUCAUUCUGUUGUGUUGUUAGACAAGUCACUCCACUCUUGCAGUGUCCUCCUGGAAUAUAAUUAUUCAAUAGUUCCGAGUUUAGAAAGCUAAGUGGUCAAAUGUACCGCGGGCAUGCCAGCGUCACGGCUUUGUCCAGUAGUCCAGUGGUCAGUGUAAAGGGCUCCGAGUCGGACGACCCGGGUUCUAGUCCCGGCCGAGGAAAGGCGUUGUGCCCUUGAGACGUGCGGGAAAAAAAUGCGAGCUCCGCUUUUAGGCUUGGCUAAAUCUCUAUAUUAUGUCUUAUGUGUGUUAGCAGACUCACAGUGUGAUUCGCUUGUGGUCUAAAGCGUCUCGUAAGGAAGUAGACUCAGAGUAGGAAUGUAGACUUUGAGUUUGAUCUUCCAAUGAAGUACAGAGAGAGGAAUUUUUUGCUGAAGUUUUGAUAAGUUUUCUAUUUUGUUUCAGAGCAUUGACCUACACGCUCUUACAGGCUGGAUUCCCGAGAGAAUGUCGAUAAAACGAAACAAUCCAACGUUUAAUGAGAGUAUGCAUUUCGAUCGUCUCUUGAAUGGAGUGAGAAGUGGUAAGACUUUUCCUUAUAUUUGUUUGUACAAACCCUUGUAUGGGUAAAAUGCAGGAAACAGUGACCGCUUUUUUUCUGAUUUUUAGUGUCAAAUGUCCAUUACAUUGUAGUGCUGGCACAGAAUUGGAGAGGACUUGGAAUGAAUGACAGAAAAGACAAUUGCAAAAAAAGGCAUUUUAGGCUACAUCUGACUGAUCAAUUGUUAUCAAUCAAGUUUAAAAUUUUCGACCCGAAUCGACUCAAUUAAUUUUUAUCUCAAUUUUCGAAAGUGUCGUUUGCGCAGAUGGGAAAUCGUCUUCUUUAAGCCCGUCUGCUUGUGGCCACGAGUCUCCCAUCUGGAGAUCAUCGCACUUUAAAUCGUGAAACCGUGAGAAAAAACCCUAAAUUAUUACCUCAAAUCCUCAAAGAAGAUAUCUUCGUCAAAACUGUGUCAUGCUGACUCAAACUCGUCCUAACUGUCACCAGAUUAGUGUUUCAAUGUUAAAUACUGGAAAGAUGUAAAAGAUUGAACAUGGCUGCGGGUUUUUACAUCUGACGCAAUGGAAAAAAUGUAACCAACCAUAUCAUUCAUUUGUGUCCCAGGGGACUGUCUCGUCACGGUCGCAACAGGCCCAAUGAGCGAAAGCGAGGCUGACCGAGCGGGACUUGUGCCCACUCAUGCCUAUGCAUUGUUAGACAUCAGGAAAGUCAAGGUAUGCCUGCACUCCCUUUUUUUUGUUGUUACCUCGGAAUUCCCACGCGUUGUAGGAUGUACAGCAUGUUGGUCUCUCUUUAAACUUCUCAUGCAAUACACUGAAAAGCAUUGUCAUGAAAAAUUGCAAGGGACGAAGUUUGGUUUUGGAGAACUUGAGGAGGAAAUUAAGCGAGAAAAUUGUAAAAAUUUGAACGGGAAUUCUACUUUAGUGCUGGCGUGUCCUUUAGUGGGGCCUUGUUAGCAAGGUCUGUUGGAUAAGUAUGCAUUUACAGCGAAUGAUUUAUUUGUAAAGUGACUUACUUUUUCUUGAGCAGUGCUUGAAUAUCAAGUUUUAAUUUUUUCUUUUUUUAUAUGCAGGGACAUCGUCUUCUUCAACUCAAAAAUCCUUGGAGUCAUUUGAGAUGGAAAGUAUGCACCUCACCUUAUCAAUCUCAGUUAUUUGUUGAGUGUUUUUGUAAACAGAAUGUCGGGAAAAUUUCCACACCUGAUUGGCUGAGACAACGACAUCCCAACUUUGACUGUUGAGAUCAGACUUCGAUCGCUUUUUCUCCACUCAAUGCGCUUUGCAGGAAAAGGCUAGUGUAUCCUUUAUUUAAACAGUCUCAACAUUUCUUGAUUGUGAUUUUACAGGGAAAAUUCUCCGAAAUGGACUCGACUAGUUGGACGCCGGAACUUCAGAGAGCCUUGAACUACGACAGGAAAAGUGCUAUACAGAUUGACAAUGGUAAAAAUGUGGUGCAUUGUAUGUCAUGAAGCGUUCCUUUAUCCCCCCCCUUAAGAGCGUCAGGUUCGUCUCCCUACCCUUCCCUUCUCUGACUAAAACUCACAAACAAAUAUUAUUGUUAUUCGGUGUGGUUAGGUAGCAAUAUGGCUCAAGUAAACAUGUAUUUGGAUAGCCAGGGUUGGUAGCCGUUUUAGAACCACAAAAAAAAUGCAUACUAUAGACUGUAUUCAAUAAAUAGGGACGGCAAUCCAGGAGAGUUACCUUUGCUCUUAGUAGGUUUUACAUAUCCCCCCCGUGUGUCUUCCCACCCCUCGGGGGCUUAUUAGAGCACCCCUGUGUGUCUUUGUGUGCUUACCGGUUACAAGUGUUUUCCUCUAGAUAUAGAAUCAAGGGAUUUUUCUGUACACGAUUAUUCCAAAUUUCGAACAACCCCACCCAGAUCAGAUGUAUGUUGUAGUAUUUUUUCCCUUUCCUUAAAUGCUUCUCUGUUUCUCUCUCAUCAGGAGUAUUUUGGAUCAGCUGGGAAUGCGUUAUGCAGUUUUUCGACGUGAUCUACAUGAACUGGAACCCCAAACUCUUCAAAUAUCGCUUCUCUCUGCACUCGUAAGUGUCAUUGAGGCCUUUUGACUUCCUCCCUCAAGCUGCUACACAUUUCUUUGUAAAUUAGUUAUGAUAAUUUAUAUGUUAUAUCAAAUGCCCAAAUCCUAACAAAAACGUUUAUAAAUGCCUAAUCGUAAGAUUGAGCUAUACAUAUUCGUAAUCUAUGUGAUUGAAAUGUAAUGGCAGAAAACCAAUUAUGGUAUUUUAAAGUAACCAAGGAAAAACCAAAAUGAUACUACUAAAAAUAAGUAAUUUAGUAAUAAUAAAUGUGUGACAAAAUAAGACUUAAAAAAAAAAGUUAAAAAGGAAAAGAUAGAUUUAAGUGUUUUAAUUGUUGGUUUUGAGUCGGAUUUUUCCAUUUGAUAAACAUGACCUCGUUUACAUUCAUUUGAAAAACUAAGACGACAGAAUCAAUUCGUUUAAGACUCUACCGAGCAUGAGUUAUGACAAGCCUUGGAAGAUUGUAAGUACUUGUCAACACGUGAAGCCUUGUCCGACAGAUGGUGCUCAUUAUUGCGUGUACAAAUGUAGCGAGUGGUUUCACUAAUGUAACAGGCCUUACUGCCAGCACAUGCUGAAAUUAUAUGAAAAGGAAUUCUAGCUCGUGUUCUAAUCUUCAUGUAAAAUUUUUUAGAAAUGCUACUGACCCCAUCAUGAAUAUCGAGCGUCUGUGCUAACUGCUAGUUAACUCGUGUGAAAUAUAAGUAUGCGUGCAUGCGGCAUCUUUUAUUUGCUUUGAUUAGCAACAAAAAUAAUAACAAUACUUGUAAAGUGAUUUUAAGCGUAAAAAGUUGGACCAACAAGAAAGGUAUUGCUGAGAGGGAAAACUCUUAAUUUCCCUGAGAAAAUCUCUCAACGCCGAGAUAAUCAUAGGAACUGAGUAUCAACAAGAGACAGAAUUUAUCGUUCUGGCGGCUAUACAUGCUCUGGGCCAAAUUAAUCCUUGAUAAUGUAAAUGUGAUUUUUCUUUUUUCUCAGAAUUUUCACCAUAAUCUGACACACAAUGAACCAAAAAUCUAUAUAACUUGAACAUUUUUCAACCAGAAACAAAUUUGAACGUCGACGUACUUAAGUGAAAGGUUUCUCGAUAUCUUUUUAUUAGUAUUUUACUGCAUGCUUUUCAUUUAGGUACAGUUUCUUGAGCUGACGUUUCGAGCGUCAACCCUUCUUCAGAGCGAAACAGAAGGUAAUAUGCUAUGGUCGCCAUUGACACGGUUUGGUUAAUAAAUGUAAGAAAGGCUUAAUUAAUGGUAUUGUUUCGUCUCCUAGGACCUGGACAUCUGCUGAAGGACCCAAGAAAGACGUUUAUAAUAUCGGUAAGUUCUUUGACCUUCGAUCUCCGUGAUAUCAAGCUUUACGCCAAUUUAGCUUUCACCCACUUUGAGAGGCGUACGACUGAGCACAGACAAAUGUAUCAAAGAAGACUUUAUUUUAUUCAGAAAACUUCCAUUAAACAAUAGGUGGGCUUGCACCUUUUUUAAAUCCUUUAUGCUUGCCAUCCUCUUGACAGCAUUAUAACAAACUCCACGAAUUUUUUUUUCUUGUUUCGAGCCAAAUUGUCCAUUUGGCCUUUUUACUUUUGAGAGUGCCGGAUCGUCUGUUCGAAGUUUGAGAAUUUUCAACAUUUUUCUGUAUUGUCAGGGGUCGCCACUUUAGUUAUGUUUAUGUUUCAAUUUCUGAACGACUGUGUAUAAAAGAAUAUCAUAUAUUUGAACUGCGGAUUAAUAAUAUUUUCAUUACUGUUUAAGUAGUUUUUAUUAAGUAGUUUUUAUUACUGCGAAGAUCUUUUUCAUCUUCAAUAAGUUUUUUUCCCUGUUUGCGAUCUAUUGAAAAAAGUGUAUAUCAGUGUGGUAUUUGUACCUAUUUCAAAUGGACAGGAUGACCAUUUAAUUCAAAGUGGAUGUAAUUAAGUUGAACAAAUAGAAACAGAUGAUUGAAAGAGAUGUAUAAUAUAUUCGUCUCAUAUUAGUCGUCUGUGAAGCGGAAAUGAAGAGAUUUUCCUGUGCGAACAAAACACUGUUUCUUUAUUUUUUUUGGUCAUUGAAAUUCGCUUGAAUGCUUCAUUAUUGACUUUAACAGUCGCCUGAUGUUUCCGUGAGAUAAUGAAAAUACUGCGCGUUUAAAAGUCUUUCGGUAGGAGGUGAAAUAUAAUCAUCAAUGAUGCGUAGUUCUGUUUUGGAGGCAAUCUGUGUCCUGGCUUAGACCAAAUGAUCGUUAUUAAGUAAUAUUCUGCUGGCAUUUUUGACUUAACGAUUUCAUUGAUUGUACGUACAAAUAUAAAUAGAUAGCCCAUGAUGUCAGAUGUAACGCGAAAAGAGCGUGCUUGACCUCGGCCUUCGUCUAACUCUUAUUUUUACUUCGUUUAUUUAUACGAGAAAGGCCAUGACAGGACGUUAGCUUUGCGUACCGAACGCUUAAAAGCCGCGUUUGGCAUUCUCACGAUAAUACUGAUCUCGAACGUUAGAAAGGCAUACUUGAUACAAACAGUUACUUUAUUGCGGUUCUUUUUCCCAGUCGGCGGUUUUUAAACCGUGGAUUGUGAUAACGGCCAUUUGGGCCCAUGCCGCCAGGUUACUGAGUAGCUUCAAAGUGGCAGCGUCCAUGGUCAACAUUAUUAGCACAUUUUUAAAGAUAGUUUUCGAACGGUCAGGUCGUAUUUUGGCCGCCCAACCCGCGGUUACUGGUAACUUAUUUACUUUUUUAAUGGCGGGGAUAAAGUGACUUGGUUUUCCGGUGCAUGUCAUCAGUUAUCCUCAGUAACAUUGUGGCAAAAAUAUGGAUUCCUGUAUGGAGCGACUACAAGGCCAGCAGUGUAACUACAUCAUAGAGUGCCUUUCGUUCAAGUUUUGUUAAACCCAAAUUAAAGUAAUCACAACAGCCAAUCGGGAAAGGAAAAUUUUCAUAAGGAGCCGAUCAGAACUAAAAGAAAAAACAAGUGAACUGCGCUUAGCGCGGGGAAACCCUGGUGACAAAGUUGCGAUUGGUUUUAGUGCUGGGGAGAGAAAAUGGCGCGAGUUUUAUUGGCCAAUCGGAGCGAAGUUACGCAAAACCACAGCAAUCCCAAUUUACUCUCGAUACUCAAUGGAAAAUUGCUUAUAAACUCUUUCAACGUGUGCUACAAUGAAUGUAAGGAUAUCGGUGUGGAGAUGUUAUUGGUGCUAUCAGUGCUUUUGUUUAACAGGAGACAAUCCGCAGUACAAACUGGAGUUACUUUCCUCUGACAGAGAUACUGUGGUCUGGAUCCUUCUUACUCGGCACAUCACACAAAAGGUACACUUGCGAUAGAUAAUAGUGACUUUUUGCCCUUUUGUGAACACUUCGAGAGAAGAUUACCGGUUUCGCCAUAUCACGGUUUGAUGUAAAAAACGCGUAGCUUAGAGUGAUUCGAUCUUCUAUCACUCACACGUUAUGCCACGUUUCAACACCUUUAAAAAUUCAUUAGCUAACCUUCAAAAAAGGAACACACAUUGUCUACCAGGGUCGUGGAGGACAUGUUGGUUUUGUUAGCGCGCUGGAUUCUGAUUCGAAAGGUCUGAGUUCGAGCCAUGACCGGUUCAUGGUCUUACAUCUCUGGUUAGGUAUCUUACUUUCACAUUGCCCCGCGUCAUGUCCCCUAGGAAGUAAAGAUAGGUUUAAGUGAAUUGUCACGGAAACUUGAAGAAAUGCGAGAGGAUGCUGGCAAUUGACUUUCACCCCCAGCCAGUAGGAAUAUCUUCAAGGGUUUAUGGAUUUUUCGCCCCAUUGCAAUUUCGCCCCUUACCAGUUCGCCCACUAAGACGAGGUCGCCUGUUCAAAUACGACGAGGUCGCCUGUUUAAAUACGACGAGGUCGCCUGUUCAAAUACGACGAGUUCGCCUCCAAAUCGUUAACUCAUUUCCUUACGUACUCGGCGAGGUAGGACGAACUAGUAAGGGGCGAACUUGCUAUGGGCGAAACCUCCAGUCAACGCUCUCAGUAACUUCAUACCUCAAAAGUCUGACAGCUAUGCCAGUCAACCAGGUGUAUGAACCCUUCAUGUAUUAUCUGUCUAUAACAAAGAAGAACAUUUUGCGGACGAGUGUGGUUUCUGGUUUCUCUCUCGAGAAGCAAGCGAAUUGAUGUUAAUCUGCUAUAUUUUAGGAUGAUUUUGCAGAAAACAAGGAGUUCAUAACCGUUCAUGUGUAUAAGUCAGAUGGUGGAAGGGUGUUUUAUCCAGGUUAGUGAAUAAUGUGAGAAUAUAAAAUACUACUUAAAUUAGGAGAGAAGGGGUUGUUGACGCGGAAACCGAGCAUGUGUUAAAAAUUUUUCUUCGUUUUUUGUUCGGCGUUUUUAUUUAUCUAGUCUUUUUUCCUUUGUUUUGUUUUCAAAACCUUUUUUCCUAGUUUGGGCUUCGGCUAUCCCCGCAAUAACCGAAAAUUUUUCAGAGAUGUCAUAAUUGUUAACAGUACUGAGAAUUCUUUGACUAGUUUUAUUUUGUUUUUAACAAUAGAGAAAGGAUACAUACUUUUUUUUUCUUGCUUCAGACAACCCACUCUUGGAAGGCACCAAAAUAAACAGUCCAUUUUACCUCGCUAAACUAAAUGCCCCGAAAGGAACAAACCGCUUCACACUUGUUGUCUCUCAGUAUGAAAAAACAAAUACAAUCCACUACACGCUGAAGGUAUGGGUAUCGUGUAUCGUUCUUCUUUCUUAAAUGCCCUUUCCACAACCAUCUCUUUACCUAUAACUCUGACUGGCUUCUUGAAGGCUUGUCUUUGGCGCGUUGAACGCGUAACACCCUAAAAUCCUGCUGCGAAGAAAACCAGUGGUUAAAUUGCCAGUGUAAGAUUUCAAAUAGAUUUCAUGUUGUCGUGCGUCUGUUUAGUUUGAAAUCCUGUGUUGACCACCGUGCAUUAUUUCUGUAUUUAUCGUAGGUUUUUUCUUCAACUGAAUUCCGUUUAUCUCCAGUUCCUGUCCCCUACACAGUUGAAAAACAGGUAAGUUCCUGCAGACGCCAUAACCUGAUCUUGAUUCUCGUCGCACACUGAUUCUUAAAAUUCAGUGUUCGAAGUUAAGUCGUCGCAUCUACUAACCUUUGGAUUAGACAAACACCCUCUCUUUUUCGUUUCUUUACAGGUGAACGGUGAAUGGAGGGGAAAAUUAGCCGGUGGCUGCCCCAACUUCUCUUCACAUUCCAAUAAUCCCGUGUAUCGCCUGCAAAUCAAGACAACUUCACCCUCAGAAACUGCUGAAGUUCUACUAAAACUGCGAGGGCCCAAGUAAGUUCAUGUCGUUGACCGGCUCUAAAAUUGUUUUGAUCUACUGUUUGAGUUUUGAAAUUUCUCAUCGCCAUUUCAAGUGAAUGUAAUACCAAGGUUUUUUUUGUAUUUGUAUUUUCCUUCAAUAUUUAGGCAGUUUUCAGUUGGAGCCAUAUUUCGUUCUGUAGAGCUCGCCUCGGAUGGGAGACCCAUUUUCGAGGCGUACUCUGAAACCUACAGGUAAGUAAAUGUAGAUUCCCGUACUCAGAGUCUACCUGAAACAUUUAAUGAACUCGAAAAUCUACCGGCUGUCUCUGAUUAUGUGGGAAAAUUAGCGGAAGCUUUUAAAUCUGUUCCUCAAAGGUGUAUAUGCUACUUCUUACUUCGCAAGGCCUUUUGGAGUUUUAUGAAAUGAGGAAUAACGAGGCCUUUGCACGGGAGGCUAAUUUUUAUGGAUUUGAGUUUUUUUUCUUACUUUCGUAGGCCUGGCUUUUACGUUCAGCAGCUGAACAGAGUGCCCACGGGCACAUAUGACGUGAUUCCUUCGACUUUUCACCCAGGACAAGAGGGGCCUUUCAUAUUGACGAUAUCAGCAAGCUGUAAAAUGGCACUGGGAAAAAAGUAGACAGUCCCACGGUUCACUUUUCUUAGAGCGGUAAAAUGAGCCUGCGGUCUUGUCACUGGUGAGAAAAGAUUGGCUCUUCCUCACUCUCUCACUGGCAUUGCUUUCUUUCCAGCGAGUUAAGUCUGGAUUUGGAGAAAAGCAAAUUCAAUGGAUUUAGAGGAAAACUGUUGAUUGAGAAUCUGAAAUAAGGACAGAAUGCAACUAAAGGCUGAAAGCCGCCAAAUAAGGAAAUUCACAAUUCCUAAAAAGUCAGAUCUUGAAAAGUAAGAGAAUUUUGAUAGAAGGCGAUAAUGCCUAGUAUGAAUGCACAGCUGUUGCAGUCGUUUUUUAAUUCAAUUGAUAAUUUGAUAAAAAUACUGAAAGCGGAAAAUAUGAUAGUAAAAUAUUGAAAUUUCUCGAAAUGAAUUUUGAAAUUUCAUACCUUUCUCAAGGAUACAGAUUGAAGUCAUCUUUAAAAAGAUGAUUAACUUAACUCUGUGAAGUCCUGGUAUAGUUAAUGCUUUUUAUCUCUGUAGAAAUGUGUGGAAGUAAAUUGGUGAAUAAACGCUCU